GAGAAGCGGAAGCCGGGACUACUGUUUUGAAGUUGUUUGGUGCGGUCUGGUUCCGGAGCUGCUUUCUACUCUCCCGCUCCCUCCCCGCAGCUUUGUCUAGCGCCCCACAUGAACUGCAUAUAGUGAAGAAAGGCGCUGUUGCUAGGCCGCUCCCCGGCGCCCGGGCAGCCGCGGUUUAAUAAAGCGAAGCUUUCCUCGCUGCGGCACUGACGUGGCGUGGGCCCCACCGCUUUCCGUCCUCGCUCCCUAGCCGGGGCUCUUCCGCGCCCCGGGCUCGCCGAGGUCGGUAUGUCCACCCCGCCUUUGGCCGGGGCCGGCAUGCCGCCUGGGGCCGGGAUGCCACCCGGCGCCUUUACGGGACCCCAGGCCCAGGCUGCCCGCGAGGUGAACACCGCGUCCCUCUGCCGGAUUGGCCAGGAAACCGUGCAGGACAUCGUGUAUCGCACCAUGGAGAUCUUCCAGCUGCUCAGGAACAUGCAGUUACCAAAUGGUGUCACUUACCACACUGGAACAUACCAGGACAGGUUAGCUAAACUACAAGAUCAUCUCCGUCAACUCUCCAUCCUCUUCCGGAAACUACGAUUAGUUUAUGAUAAAUGCAAUGAAAACUGUGCAGGACUGGAUCCUAUUCCAAUAGAGCAACUCAUUCCUUAUGUGGAAGAAGAUGGCUCAAAGAAUGAUGACCGUGGUGCUUCUGGCCAACUUCGUUUUGCCAGUGAAGAGAGGAGAGAAAUUGCAGAAGUAAAUAAAAAACUCAAACAGAAGAAUCAACAGCUGAAACAAAUUAUGGACCAAUUACGAAGCCUCAUCUGGGAUAUAAAUGCCAUGUUGGCAAUGAGGAACUGAACUGAUUUUUACAUUUGUAUUUUGUAACUUGCAUAACUAUUUUGUUCUCUUUGGUUUUGAUUUAUUUUUUUAAAAAAUAGCUUAUCUCCUUUCAUUGCAAUAUUGCAAAAAAUAAUUUAAAUAUUGUUUCAUUCUCAUAUAUGCAUUAAAUAGUUGUUUUAUAGUUUAGAAAGCAAUGUAACAGCUCCCUGUUAAAUAUUGUAACUUAUUGGCUGCUCUUAAUUUUUGUUAGUUGUCAGUAAUUUAGCAAUUAUGUGUAAAGACCUGAAUCCAAGUUUGUUAUUAAAUUUAUUUUUCUUGAA